GAAACGAUGUUCGCUUUUGCCGCUUCAUGCAGCAAGCGUGGCCAGACGAAGACCAAGACAUUGCAAGCUUUGAAACACAAGCAAACAGGUGUUCUACCGAUGCUAUUCAAGGGCGGCAUAUGGUUAUUUUGAAACUAGUUAUCCAAAGUAAAAGAAUGCCCACUCAGCUGAAUCAGCUGCAACUGAGGGUAGAAUUUAGAAGUUGCCAUUCGGUUAAUUCUUUUCAGAUGGCUCACCCUUCGAGGGCACCCACCUUUCACUGUCAGUUCCAAAGAUGCUGUGGUGAAGCGCAACUAGCGGCUACUAGCGGUCAGGUGACAUGUGGUGGCUGUGUCGCAACCCUCACAUGUGUUGGUUACUAGUGGCGAUGCCCUUUGUUCCUAGGUAGCGUCCUCUUGCUCCUAGUAGUAGUAGCGAUGCCCCUAGCUAGUAAGGAAAGGCUAGUAGUAGCGUCCUCUUGUUACUAGUAGCGAUGCCAGGAGCCCCGUUCGUAGCGUCCGAUCGCUCCGAUCGAAAAGGCUCAAGCGACGCGCCGGGACCGGGCGUUGGACCUCGAUGCCGGGCGCGAUGCGCGCGUGGGUCGUGCUCCUCGCGUGCCUUUCUGAACUGGUUUGGGCCGAGAGAUGGGCAGUCGGCGAAGGAAGGGAAGGAAGCGAAGAAGGAAGUGAAAAAGCGCCAAGAAAUGGCGACAAAAAUGACAAUUUGCAUCCUCCUUGUGAAGCGUGGACACUCUUGCAAGAAAUGAUGUGGGAGGCAGUCGAGUACAGGACUCUACCAACGCAUUUGCCGCAGCAGUUUCAAGAGCUUCUAGGAGUCGCUGAAGCAACUGUAGGAGUGUCUGAGCAGUUGCUGCAAUGCCCUUUUGGAGCUGCUACAGUUCUGGCGAUAUUCGCAGCUGUGGAUCCACAUAUGUUCAAACACGUCCUUGAAGAGUUUCUUUUCGUUGUUUUCGAGAUCCCUGAAGUGUUCCCCGAGCUGAUUUGUUCCGGUUUUCCUUUGUUUGGAGCUUUGGAUUGGGUGGAGCAAACUGAAAAGCAAACAGUCUGUGAGCAAGAAAGCAAGACUUUCUAUCUUAGCUUGGCGCAUUAUUUGGGGCGAUCGCGCGAAUCUCCACCCGCUCUCUCCACCGUGGCUUUCCUGGAAGAUCUUCCCGAGGAGUGCUUGACCGAGAGAGCAGUCGGCUGGUUGUCUUUGGGGCUUAGUUUAUUGGAGAGCGGCCUCCAAGAAGCGUCAGAAUCAAAUCUUCAUUUUUCCUCGUCUUCUCCAACUUCAUGCCUUCUUCCCCAAGAGCUUAGAGAUUCGCUGCAGAAGGCAGAAGCUCUCUUGAGAGAUGAGAGCGAAAGUGAACGAGAGAAAUUGGGGAAUUAUCGGCAAAUCGAGAGCCAAAGCAGUCAUCCGAGUCCUAUUUUGCAUCGGCUAUUGAGUCCAUGGCCAUUGAAAGUACUUCACCAGAUGGCUCGAAAGUGGAAGGAAUCAAAAGAAUCUCAGUCAGUGCCGUCGACAGAUUUCGAGGACGAAGAUGAAGGCGACCGCGAAGACGACGACGACGACGACUGUUUGAUUCUGAUUUACACCUUUCCGACGGAAGAGAUUCGCCAGGAUGUCGCUGAAGCACUUCGAAGUCUCGAAGAAUAUGUUGUGAAUCCACUUCGAGAAGAGGGAGAGGAAUCUAUAGAGAGGGGAAAGGGAAGAAGAGAGCUUCCAAAACUGGUGGUCUUUGUUGACUCGGACACUGCAGAGAAACUGAACGAGCUUAAGCCAUACACCAGUCUGGAAAUUCGGCCAGCAAUUAUUCCGGAGGAGGAGCUUUCCCGAGAAAUGAAGUCUUACAGCUGUCAGAACGGAGAUCUUUGUGCUUCAGGUGAGGAGCUUCCAAAGGACUUUCAUCGAGGAAAUUUUAAUGAAACGCAAUUCUGGUCUCCAGCAUAUUUACGAAUCAGUCGCUAUACUGCCGGGCCACUCUUUCAACAUCCUGCUUUAGAUUCCUGCGGCGUUUUCUUAAAGAUCGACACCGACUUCUUCUUCACGGCUCCCAUCCAAACGAACCCGAACCCCUUUCGGAAGAUGCGCCGGGAGGCGGUUCGUUUGGGCUACUGGCAGAUUCACAUCCAGGGUCAGCGACAAACGGGAUACAUGGAAGCGGCACUUCGCUUUCUCCAGGC